UGAUGCCCCUUUUAACAUUGGGUGUAUGGGCGGCAAGUUCUUUUAGUUGGUUUAGAUUUUUGUUUUGUAAAGAUUUACUAUUUUCUGUUUUCCUUUAUAAAAUAUUACGACUGUGGGAUAUUAUUAGUUUAAACAUGUCCCGCAAGAAGGAACGACGCAGCAAAAAGGUUAUCGUUAUUUCGUCCGAGUCAGAGAAUGAACAAAAAUUAAAACCAUCAUCCACGUUAGAGAAGCAAUAUCUACUUACCAACCCCACACAAUCCAACCAUGAGACGCAAAACAAUAACAACUGUGAUGUCAUAGAUUCAAUUGUACAAACAUUAAAAGCAAAACUUUCUAAAAAACAUAAAAAGAAAAAGAAAAAGCGCAGAAGAUCAAGACGCUUAUCAAACUCCGGUGUGGAAUUUUCAGAAACAUUGAUAAAUGAAUAUAAUCCUUCACGAGGUCUUCGAAAACGAAGGAAGUCUGUUGAAUUGUUCCAAGCGGAUACUUCAUGUAUUUCAAAACAUAAGAAAAGGAAAUCGACCUCAUUUAAUGAAGUUCAAGAUGUUGAUAAUGGAAUUCAAUAUUUACUUCAUAAUACACCUGUUGUGGGAGUGAACCAGCUAGAAAAUGGAACAGAAGAAGAAGAAGAAGCAAGUAUUGAGUUUAAUCCCAACAUUGAUGCAGCUACCCAACUACCCAUUGAAGAGAUCACUAUCUUAGAUGAUGUGGAAGUAUGUGGGGAAGCUGAUAAACAAGAUCAGGUUGAAGCUGAUCCUCCCUUGUAUGAUGAGGGUUUAAACAACAAAAGUAAACAUGAUGUUGGUUUGUAUUUUGAACAAAAGCAGAAAGUGUUCAGGAAAGUAAUUGAAGGGGUGUUGGAUAUUAAUGACAUCUGUUUAACAUGUGGUAGCUCGGAAAACAUAACUGAUGAUCAUCCAUUAUUCCAAGGUGGUUUAUGUGAAACACACAAGACUAUGUUUCAAGAUUGGUUCUUUUUAUGCGAUAAGGAUGGUUGCCAAAGUUACUGUACAAUAUGUUGCAUGGGGGAGAAAGUUGUUCUGUGUGAUAAUGAAGAUUGUGGAAGAUGCUUUUGCACAGACUGCCUUGACCUUAUGGUAGGAGCCGGCCAAUAUGAUAAACUUGUUCCAUUGGACAAAUGGUCGUGUUAUGUUUGUACCAAUGAUAGCAGUUGUAGCUUAAUCGUCAAGCGUGAAGACUGGCAGGAAAAGUUACGCCUUUUGCACCCGGAAGCCAAAUAUCAGAAACUGGUAGAUGUUCCAAAACCAAUGUCAGUUGGUGAAAGAAAACCGAUUCGUGUUCUGUCUUUAUUUGAUGGAAUCGCUACCGGGGUGGUUGCUUUAAAGCAGCUUGGAUUACAGAUUCAAAAAUUUGUUGCAUCUGAAAUUGACGAGGCUGCGAUCCGAUUGGUGCAGAAUCGUCACCCUGAAGUAAUGCACGUUGGUGACAUCACAAAGCUAACAGACGAUGACAUCACUCGUUAUGGCCCGUUUGAUCUCGUCAUGGGGGGAAGUCCUUGUAAUGAUUUAUCGGGUGCCAACCCAAGAAGGAAAGGAUUGCUGGAUCAGGAAGGCACAGGUUGUUUAUUCUUUGAUUUUUUUCGCGUCCUUCGAGCUGCAGAACCCCCACGUUGCGACUGCGACAAUAAGGAACAUCAGCGUCCAUUCUUUUGGCUUUUUGAAAAUGUUCUAUCUAUGAAAAUGGUUGAAAGGGAAAGAAUAUCCAGGUUCCUACAAUGCCAACCAGUUGUAGCGAAUGGUAGAGCUGUAAGUGCCGCUGCUAGACCAAGAUUGUUCUGGGGGAAUCUACCAGGACUGCAAAGUUUAACCCUCACCCCAUCACCUGGUGAUCGACUAACUGUGCAAAGUUGUCUUGAACAUGGAAGACUUGCAACCAUUGAGAAGUUAAACACCAUUACAACUAGAUCGCAUUGUCUUUACCAAGGUCACACAAAACAAGCACCAGUAAUGCACAUGGGUAAAGAGGAUGUGUUGUGGUCUACUGAGGUAGAAAGGAUAUUUGGAUUACCUGAGCAUUAUACUGAUGUGAACAACCAUGGACCAAAGGAAAGGUUGGCGUUACUUGGUCGCUCAUGGUCGGUACCUGUUGUGAAGCGGAUACUUGCGCCACUACGAGACUACUUUGCAUGUGGGGAAGUCUUGGAAAAAAUAUGAUUCGUAUUGGGUUCAUACUUUUCAGGGCUUACUUUGCCAUAGAACCUUAUUUUUAUGAAAAUAGAAAAAAAAUUUUUUUUAGUUUCUAUGGCGUAUAAUAAUGCUUCUACUAAAUGGUUAAGAAUUAAGAUACUAUGUGUUAACCAUGUUAAUGCAUUUAUGUGUUAUAUUUUGAUUCUUAUCAGAUUAUGCUAUUUUAUUAUUAAGCAAUUAUUUAGGAAAUCAUCACUUACCUCAUUGCUUACGUUAAAAUAAGCGUUGUGUUUACUUAGUCAAUUUAUGUCAGUGUGUAAAAUGUUUCGCUUUUUUUUGCGCUGUCGUUUUAGCGCAGCUGGAAUAAUCUUGAAAUUUGUACAACUGUUAGGUAGCGCUAAAAAACAAUCAUUUUUCGUAAGCGUAACGUAUUACGUAACCAUUGCUUUUGUGUAAAACACAAUAACCUUUAUAAUGCGUUUCUCAUGAAUUUGAAUAAAAGUAAAGAAAAUAUUCAA